UAGACGAUAGCAGAAAAGUUCAAGCUAGAAAAAAGAUGGCUGGCCGUGGGAUUUAUGUUUUCAUUGCCUUGGUUCUCCUCAAUGUUUCGUUCUGCACAUGUGUGACCAUCACACUUUCGACCAAGACUGGUAGUCUGAACGCCCAGGAAGGAAAAAGGGUCUACGAUACUCUGAACAAUAUCGCGUCCAAUACGUUGCAAGAUAUUGAGCCCGAUAGAGAAUAUUAUGCUGGUCGCUUAUUCACCAGGUACCUGGACCUGAACGGGAAGGGCGUGGUCAUAAGAUUAACUCGCUGGAGGACCCAAUGCACGGUCUCCAUGUCGCCCGUCUACACAAGCAAAGGCAGCGAAAUGGUGGAAGCAUUCGUGCCGUUAGCCUCAUACUUUCAGCCUUAUCUGCAAAAGGGCAACGAGUGGGUUUCUGUCUCCAACGACAGAUACUGGAUCGAUUACUACGUGAGAAUUCCAUACGGACAACGGAAAGCGGCUCCCCUGCAGCUCGCCGAUGCUCCAUCCUACAAGAUCCUUUCUGAUGGUGAUGAAGUCAGUGAAAACGACUGCACCAUCAAGCCCCACAUGCUACUCUCGCACCACACUGCCCCUAUUUUAAAUGAAUUGCACCCUGGAGACUAUCUUCGCUCUCCCGACGCCAAAUACAACCUCACAUUUUCAGAGACUGACUGCGUGGCCUACUUCAAGGAUGCAGCUGGCCGUGUAUUGUGGCGUACCCCUUCCACCUAUUAUUCCUCGCCUCAGAAGAAUUGCUAUCUAGCCUUGCGCACUGACGGAACAUUGGAAUUGCAGAACCUGAAUAGGCCAAUCUGGUCAACGGUGAGUGCUUGCUCGUCUGUGACUAAAUGCGCUGGGGCUGCCGCUUUGGCUUUGAUUGAUGGAAAUGUCAAACUCUACACAAGCGUGGGCGACCACCUUAGUGUUUACUGGACUGCUAUAUAGUAAAAACAGCAGCUGUCUUUUAGCUACAGGGAUCAAGCGCAAGGCUUUCCCUUAUCUAAAUAAAUAAACAAAUGUCUAUGUUUGCCAUGUAAUAUCGUAUGCUUCUCAAGUUAUAUCGAUAAUAUUCUCUAGCCCA